AUCAGCAGGUGACCUGCCUGAUGACAUCACUCUGACAUAGGUCACACCUCUCAGCUCCAGCCAAUAGGACGGCGCUGCCCAUUAUAUAUUGGGAGAUUUGGGGCGAGAAGAACGGGUCACCCUGAAGUCUGCGCCGUCUCCACAGCAGGUCCAGCCCAAACUCUCAUCAUGCCUUUCGGAAACACUCACAACAACUUCAAGCUGAACUUCUCAGCGGAGGAAGAGUUCCCCGACCUCAGCAAGCACAACAACCACAUGGCCAAAGUCCUGACCCUGGACAUCUACAAGAAGCUCCGCGACAAGCAGACGCCCAGCGGCUUCACCGUGGACGAUUGCAUCCAGACCGGAGUGGACAACCCAGGACACCCUUACAUCAUGACCGUCGGCUGUGUUGCUGGAGAUGAAGAAUGCUAUGAUGUGUUCAAGGACUUGUUUGACCCCGUCAUCCAGGAUCGUCACAAUGGCUACAAGCCCACUGACAAGCACAAGACCGACCUGAACUUUAGCAACCUGAAGGGAGGUGAUGAUCUGGACCCAAACUAUGUCCUGAGCAGUCGUGUGAGGACUGGUCGCAGCAUCAAGGGAUACACCCUGCCCCCCCACAGCAGCCGCGGUGAGCGCCGUGCCAUCGAGAAGCUGUCCAUUCAGGCUCUCAACAGCCUGACCGGAGAGUUGAAGGGCAAAUAUUACCCCCUGAAGGACAUGAGCGACGCCGAGCAGCAGCAGCUCAUCGAUGACCACUUCCUGUUCGACAAGCCUGUGUCUCCCCUGCUCCUGGCUGCUGGCAUGGCUCGUGACUGGCCCGAUGCCCGUGGUAUCUGGCACAAUGAUAACAAGACUUUCCUGAUCUGGGUGAAUGAGGAGGACCACCUGAGAGUCAUCUCUAUGCAGAAGGGAGGCAACAUGAAGGAAGUCUUCCAGCGCUUCUGCGUCGGCCUGCAAAAGAUUGAGGAGAUCUUCAAGAAUGCCGGUCAUCCCUUCUCCUGGAGUGAGCAUCUCGGCUACAUCCUGACCUGCCCAUCCAACCUCGGCACAGGUCUGAGAGGAGGCGUCCACGUCAAACUGGCCAACCUCAGCAAGCAUCCCAAAUUCGAAGAGAUCCUGACCAGACUGCGUCUACAGAAGAGAGGCACCGGUGGAGUGGACACAGCCGCAGUUGGAGGCACCUUUGAUAUUUCCAAUGCUGACAGACUGGGCUUCUCAGAGGUGGAGCAGGUGCAGAUGGUGGUGGAUGGAGUGAAGCUGAUGGUUGAGAUGGAGAAGAAGCUGGAAAAGGGACAAGCCAUUGACGACAUCAUACCAGCCCAGAAGUAGAGCGCAGCAGACACAGGGCGGCCCCUGAGAACCACCACCGGACAGGGCCCUGGAGACCCCGUUACCAUCAAUAGAAGUUGGAAAAGACAUGAGGGAUAAAAGAGGUGACGAGAGGAGGAAGCGACAGAGGCGGCAGCGCGAGACCCCCACUUAUACCUUACUGUAUAGACUGUAACCCCGGCCCCCAUAUCAUAUGUGGCCCCCGAUACCAGCCGAAGACAAUAAAGGAGAAUGUCACCU